ACACACAGGACCUGAGGAAGAGGCUCGCCGUGAUGGACUGUCAACUCCGCAAGAGCGAGGCGGCUCGCAAAACAUUCCAGCUGUCGACCGGGAAACUGCUGCAGUUUGUGGAGAAGGAUCUGCCCACAGACACUGCAGCCGCCCGCACCAGCGCAUGUUACAGCCCUGCUGCCAGGAGGUUUUCGGGACCGCCGGCAGCUCAGAGCCUCUCACGGAGCAGCCCCGGCAACACCAGCAACAACAGCGGCAAGGUGGCGGGACUCAGCUCACAGGCCCAGGAACUGUGUACGUCUGUACGUGCCCUGAUAGAGGCUGACUGCCUGCCCUACGGAUGGGAGGAGUCUCACACCACGGAUGGCACCAAGUACUUCAUCAAGUGAGUAUCUCGGGGGAAUGUAUCUGCCUUGUGGGUAGCUGGGAACUGCAGGCACUGAAUGCUUGGCCUUCCACCGUUAAACUUCAGUUCAGUCGCUGAUGUGGGCUGGUGGUCCCAACUCAGGAGACGACCUCUUGAAGGUGGACAAAAAUAGCUGGAGUAACUCAGCAGGUCAGGCAGCAUCUGUGG